GGUGACCUAAAAACUUAUAUCUGCACUGAACAGGAACACAUUAAAGGAGAUUCACAAAUAAUGCUGCUACAGAGAAUGGCGUGCGAGAUUGCUGCUGGACUUGCUGUAAUGCAUAAACACAAUUUUGUGCAUAGUGACUUGGCCUUACGGAAUUGCUUUCUUACAUCCGAUUUAAAUGUCAAAGUAGGAGAUUAUGGUAUAGGAUUCAGUAGAUACAAGGAAGAUUAUAUUGAGACAGAUGAGAAGAAACUUGUUCCUCUCCGAUGGACUGCACCUGAGUUAAUAACAAGUUUUCAAGACAGACUGAUAUCAGCAGAGCAAAAUAAAUACAGUAACAUAUGGUCCCUGGGUGUCACGUUAUGGGAGCUGUUUGAGAAUGCUGCUCAGCCUUACUCAGACUUUUCUGACAGAGAAGUCCUAACCCAUGUCAUAAGGGAGAAGCAGGUUAAACUCUUCAAGCCACGCCUGGAGCAGCCAUACUCUGACAGAUGGUAUGAAGUUCUGCAGUUCUGUUGGCUACUUCCAGAAAAGAGACCAACAGCAGAAGAAGUGCACAGGCUGUUGACUUACCUUCGCAUGCAAAGCCAGAGGGACUCGGAGGUUGAUUUUGAACAGCAGUGGAAUGCUCUUAAACCAAACACCUCAAAUAGAGAAACAAAUAAUUCUGCAUUUCCAAUCUUAGAUCACUUCACAGGAGAUAGACUUGGCCAUGAGAUGGAGGAAGUUCUUACUGUAACCGAAACAAGCCAAGGUCUCAGCUUUGAAUAUAUCUGGGAGGCAGCUAAGCAUGAUCAUUUUGAUGAAUGUGGUCAUGUGAAUCCUGAUGAAGCAAUGACAUACACAAGUAUUUUCUUUCCGGUGGAGGUUUUUGAGAGGUCGCUUUCAGAGCAAGGGUCAGGAGCACAGGAUGGAAGCGGUCAGGAAGCAUCACUUGCUGUCCCUGGGGUGCUACCUGUGUUUGAUGCACACAAGCUUUCUGUUGGAAAUGACUACUAUAUCCAAUUAGAAGAAAAAGGAAGUGGCUGCAGCAUGAAUUUUGAUAACCAAUCAGUUGUACUAACUACAGAAGUUGAUCAUCAAGAAGCUGUACAAGAAAAAAGUUCUCAUUUCACGAUUCUCAGGGAUCUUGAUGUUGAAGAAUCUAGCACUGACGGGGACUUCUUCCACUACAAUACAGAUCCUAAAGAGGAAUUUCUGCCUGCUGCUAGUAGUCCAGAAAGUCCUUUCCAGAAUAUCUUUAAUGACAUUGACAGAGCAGAACAACUGACAAACAGAAAAAUACUUGGUUUUGCUGAAACAAAUGAUACUCCUAAAGACUUCAAACCAGUUGUUUUAAACUCGAACACGGAUGCUAGACAGGCAGUGGGCCUUUCUGAGAAGGAGCAUUCUAAUGCUUCUGAAAACAAAACAGUUUCAUUAUGUGAAAAUGUCUCUAACCAGUCUGACUUGGUAACUUUAGAAGAACUUUCUGAUAACUUCUUAUUUCUUCAAGAGAAAAACUUAUUAACAGGGUUAUUGUCUAACAAAACCAGCAGUGAUUUUGGGCAAAAAACAGAAGAUGUUCUAAAAAGUAUAUUAGAAACCUCAAAUAGAAACUCUGUAGAGCCUGAGCCUGUGUUGGCUGAAAAUGCACAGGUCUUUUCUUUAAUCCAUGAAAAUCUUAGAACAGUGAAAGAUGAAAAUUUUAACCCAGUGACAAUGAAUAAAGAUCUGAAUUCUCAGUCUCAGACUACUGUAGAGAUGCAGGCAUCCUCUAGUCCUUCAGCAGCACACAAGUUAUGUGAUAAACGUGCAAAUCUUCCUUAUUUGAAGGAUGAGGGAAAACUUUUAAAUGUGGAAGUCAACAAAGUCAUGUCCUGUAAUGCUGAUAUUCUCUGUCAAGAAGAGCUAUCCAAUAAUGCCAAAAAUAAUAAUGUUGGAAACAAUCCAUAUUACAGUGUUGCUGUUGAAACAGAUGAGUGCGAUGCACAAAUAAAAGAGGAAAUGCUUUUCAAGUCUGAUGAAAUAGCUUUUGGUAGAGAAAAAUGUAGUGAUCAGGAAGAUAUGAAAAGAAACUUCCAAGAUAAGUCUCCCGUAUUAAAAGAUGAAUGUUUAUUGGAGGAAAAACAAGAAACAUCAAAUCAUUUUGAGAACUGUAAGGAUGUUCCAGAAGAGGUGACCUUAAUUUCAGAUUGUACUAGUCAGGAUAGUCUUCUGGAAGACAGCCCAUCUCCUAUACAAACUGUAGAGCAAGCCUUAGAGACACCUGAUUCUUUGGAUUCUUUAGAUGUAAAUGAGGUUUUAGAAUCUUUACAGGCUCAAAGUCCUCAGAAACUUUUGCCACCUGAUAAACCUGCUGACAGUGGCUAUGAAACCGAGAACCUGGAAUCUCCAGAAUGGACUUCCCAUAUCGCUGUUGAGGAUGCUUCUAGCGUAGAUACCACUCCCUGUGCUGCCAGCGAGAGCAACGCCAGUGCUUUACCUUCUAAUCCAGUCAUAAUUGUUUCAGAAGCAGCAGCUGGUUUAGAUGCAGUGAACAGCAAUUUUGAAAUAACCCCAAAGGUUUUUCUUGGUGGAAAUCAGAACUCAUACAGAGACUCUGCCUAUUUCUCUGAUAAUGAUUCUGAGCCAGAUAAAAAACCAGAAGAGGCCGCAAAUCUGUCAAGAGAGACUGUGUGUGGUGUUUCCUCAAGUAGAGGAGAGAACAAUACCGAAGAGGAUUACAGUUUUGAAGAGAGACAGCAAAGGUGCGAUGUAAGGAAUUACCAGGAUAUCGACAAUCAAAAUGCCAAACUAGAACCAAAUCACAACUUGGAGAUGCAAGAGAUGGAUGUGAGGAUGCAGGGGUGGGCUGAGGCACCUCUGAGUUCCCUGGAAAUAUCAGUGGAAAGUAACCUAAGGGGUGAAGUAAAAGUAUCUGAGACUUCCCAUAAAACAGUCUCUUGUGUUGGCACUAAUACUUCAGAACUUCUUUCACACAGAGACUUAAAGUCUGUGCAUAACGUACACAGUCCUUUAGAUUUGAGUAACAGUGAGAAGUCCUUCUAUCACAUUGAAGGACAAAAACUGAAAGAGCCAGAUAUUGAAGGAAAAUACCUUGGCAAACUUGAUGUUUCUGGAAUGCUUGAUUUAGAAGAUGGUGAUGAUGCGGAUGAGGAAGAUGAAAACAGUGAUUCUGAGGAUGACAUGAGGACUUUUCAUAUGCAUAGUCUGAGUUCUGACAGUGAAGAUGAAACUGUUCAUCAAGUACCUGAGAUACUUACUGACAAGGAUGAUGGAAAACAUCUGAGAAGCUUGUUGAAACUUCCAAAACCUCUUAAUGAAAGGCAACAUGAGCAUUGGAAAAAUGAGAAAAAGGCUGUAACGUUCUUUGAUGAUGUGACGGUCUAUUUGUUUGAUCAGGAAACGCCGACUAAGGAGCUGGGACACCGUGCAGGAGACUUGAGCAGCGAAGGCUCUCGCAGCACUCCUGUUCCAUCAUCGAGUUUUGGUUACUUAAACAGAUUUGCAAAUUCAGAAAGCUCAACAGAUGAAGAAGGUGGGGGUUUUGAAUGGGAUGAUGACUUCUCUUCUCCAGAGCCAUCCUUUAUUUCGAAGGCAGCUAAUAGUCUUAUCAGUUCUAAAUCACCUCUUCAGUCAUCAAAGUACUUCUCUCCACCUCCACCCUCCCGGACUCUCGAUCAGAACUGGUCACAUUCAUCCCCUUAUUCCAGAUUCUCUAUCUCUCCUGCAAACAUGGCAAGCUUUUCUCUGACGCAUCUUACAGAUUCAGAUAUAGAGCAAGGAGGAAGCAGUGAAGAUGGAGAAAAGGAUUAAAUAAAUUAAAACUUCCUCGGACUGCAUACCUAAAACACACAGACUGUCUGCAACUUCUUUAUCUAAACUCUGGAUCCUCCUGGAGUAACACAGGUAAUCAAGAAGUACUAAGAAAUGAAAGUAAACACUGAAAGCAAUGUUAAAUCAGGACAUUAAUUUGAAUGUGUAUUUAACUUUGUAAUGUAUUUUUAAAUCAGUGCAAUUUUGCUUUUCAUUGAAAGAUGAUUCUGCCGCUGUUUUCAAGUACUUGAAGUAUUUUUCAGAUAACUUAAGAAACAAGUAAAGCAAUUACACUACAGUCUGGUUUAUGUAUGAGAUUGUAUAAUAUUCUUUUUAUAUUUUUCCAUGUAGUUCAUUAUCUAUUUGAACAUACACCUGUUGUAGAAUUGUGUAUAACUGUCCUGUGCAACAGGUGGCUGUGUUGCUGAAACUGUAUGAAUGAUAGUUGAGCAGUAGUGAGCCAUAUUUAUU